GUCCCACGCUUCUCUUCGCCAAGCCCAGCCAAGGAGAGGAGGAAGGGAGAAGAUUCUAUGCUUGUUCGGCUUGUAGGGAUAGGAAGGAUUGUAGCUUUUUCCAGUGGGAAGAUGAGAAGGUAUCAGAAACCAGGCUGGCAGCACGGGAGGAAUAUAACAGACAUCAUCAGCCUUCUAUUACACACAGACAGAACGUGGAAAGGUACAAGAGUUUUGUUUUGUUGCCAUUAUCAAAGAGGAGAUUUUGCCAGGAUUGCCAACAAUUGUUAUUGCCAGCAGAAUGGGCAAAACACUCUGAUCACCAGUUUCUGUGUGAUAUCUCCACUGCCCAGUUGAAAAGUCCCAGUCAACUUCUGUAUCCGCUGGAGAAUAAAAAAACAAAUGCACAGUAUUUAUUUGCAGACAGAAGUUGCCAGUUCCUACUGAAACUCCUCGUUGACUUAGGAUUCAGACGAGUGCUCUCUGUUGGAGUGCCCAGGCUUCAUGAAAUGAUCCAGUCAAAAGCAUCACAAGAGGAAGAUUUCAGGGUUAGAAGCCUUCUGCUAGAUAUUGACUUCAGAUACUCACAAUUUUACACAGAGGAUGAAUUCUGCCACUACAACAUGUUCAAUCAUCAUUUUUUUGGUGGAGAGGCUGCACAUGAAGCUUGUAGGAAAUUUCUGAAUGAAGACAAUGGUGAAGGAGUCAUUAUGGUCACUGAUCCUCCAUUUGGAGGUUUAGUGGAAGCACUGGCUUCUAGUUUUAAAAAACUGAUGGCAAUGUGGAAGGAGACAGAAAAAGAAGGUCAUGGCAAUAGAGAGAUGCCCAUGUUCUGGAUAUUUCCAUACUUCUUUGAGUCUCGUAUUCUUAGCUUUUUCCCAAGCUUCAGUAUGAUGGAUUACCAGGUGGACUAUGAUAAUCAUGCACUGUAUAAACAUGGCAAGACAGGUUGUAGACAAUCUCCUGUUCGUAUCUUCACAAACCUUACACCAAGUAUGAUUGUACUCCCUGUAGAAGAGGGUUACAGGUUUUGCAGUGUAUGUCAGCGAUAUGUGAGUUCUGGUAACCAGCACUGUGAGAUUUGCAAUUCAUGUACCUCAAAAGAUGGCAGACGAUGGAAACAUUGUGUCCUUUGCAAAAAAUGCGUAAAACCCUCUUGGUUUCACUGUACCAAAUGCAACUGCUGUGCCCUUCAGAGCCACAGCUGUGAGAAGGUUAAUGCUGGCUGUUUUGUUUGUGGCAAGGCAGGUCACAAACGCAGCACCUGUCCCAGCCUCUCCCACACCAGGACAGCUUGCCAGCCAGAUAAAAGAAAAGGCAGAAAACUAAAGAGGAUAAAGAUGGGGAUCUGUAAGAAG